CUUCCAACUCUCCAAUAAACAAUUUUCAAUAAUCUACUAUUUAACUAUCUUUGUUUUCCCAUUUUGACAUUUUUAACCAUAGUCUAAUAGUUGUUUGUACGUUGAAUAUUUUAUUGAUUGGUUAAUUUUAAAUUUUGAUUUUUUUAAUGUUAAACAGGCAAAAUGUUAACCAUAAUCUUUGGUUGAUGUGCAUAGUACGGAUCCCAGAGCGCAAAAGUUGUAUAACAUGUUAUUGCGAGGAAACAAAGAAAAAAAAGGAAAGAGAUCAAGGCGAAAGAAAAGGGAAAACGAAGAUACUCAUAAUAUUGGACAACAUGUGGCACAAACUAAAUCUAAGUGAAGUAGGGAUACCUAAUGUGAGCACAAAUGAGUUUUUCUGCAAGAUUUUGGUGACAAACAGAGACAGAAAUGUAUGUGAAAUGAUGGGUAUAAAAGAUGAUAACAUAAUUGAGCUAGGUUUGCUUAAUGGCAAUUAAUUCAUGUCAAAAAAAAAACAAUUGACGAAGGGGAUUAUAAAUUAGUGGCACAAAAUCUGUUGGAAAAGUGUUAUGGGUUGCCGCUCAAUAUUAUGACAACAGCCAAUGUGUUAAAGGAAAAAGAUUUAUCAACAUGGCAACAUUUUGUUGAUGAGUUAGAGAAGCCUACCUCAAGUGAAGUGAGUAGAGUGCGUCGUGAGACUUACACAAUUCAUCCGUCGAUAACUUGAUGAGGUAUGGUGUUGGGUUGGAUUUGUUUCAGAAUGUUGACAAAAUCUCUGAAGCCUUGGAACAAGCAUCUAAAUGGGUUAGUGAACUCGUUUCUUCAUCCUUGCUAUGGAAAGAUGAUCAAUCCCAUGUCAAAAUUCAUGAUGAUGUUCGAUUAUCUGCUAUGUCAUUUGCUGAAAAAGAAAAAUCUAGUCCUUGAGUUGGACAAAGAUGGCUUUAUGGGCUUGAAACAUCUAGAGGUAACAGAUUGUGAAGGCAUGGAAUGUGUUAUCAACACAGAUAUAAAUGGGUCGAAUAAUUUGAUAGCCUUUCAGAGUUUGGAGUAUCUAAACCUUGAUAACUUGGAGGGCUUGAAGAUGAUAUGUAAAGGAAAUGCACCACCCGGUUCCAGAAUGUUCUCUAACCUACGGCACCUUGAGCUUUGUUCGAGGUAUCUAGUCAGUUUGGUGGGGCCAGUAGCAAAGGCUGAUGCUUUGUUCAAUGCAAAGGUUAGAUUUUAUUGUCUAGAGGAGCUGGAAGUGAUUGGUGUCAUAAAAGAUACAAAUAUGCAGCUAUGGAAUUGGAAUCGAGCUGUUAAGGAGGAGGAUGCUCCAAAGCUGAGAAAGGUGAAGAUUGAUAGCAUCAAAGCGUUGAGGUCAAUCCCAAACAUAAUGUCAGAAAACAUAUAUAGCAUGCAUCUCUACAAUGUUAAUACAGAGAAUACAGAUAAAGUUUUAUUCUCAUUCUCAACUACAGAGUCAUCAUCAGUGCAACUGCCAAAAUUAGAAGAAUUGUAUGUAGAGAAUUUUCAAAGGUUGAAAAGUUUGUUUGAGAGUGAGGAUAAUUAUGGUACUAGUGCUGCUGGACAUGAAAAUGGUAUGUUGGCUACGUUUUGUAGACAACUGAAACAAUUAACGCUAGCGUACCUACCAGAGCUAAGUCCCAUACCAUUGCAUUCUUUCAAGAACCUUUGCUCCCUUGAGAUUAUAAAAUGGAACUGGAAAUAUGUAUUCCCAAGUGAUGUGGUUGUCAGGAAAUGCUCGAAGAGGUUAAACUUAUAAGUUGUGAAAAUUUGGGUGUAGUUAUUAAGGACUGUGAAGAGGAAGGAGGUGACAAUGAUAGAGUUGUAAUGUUCCCUCGGCUCAAGAAUUUGGAGUUAUUGCAUUUGAACAUUCGGAGUUUCAGCUCCAAAUCGAAUUUCACCUUGCAUUUUUCAUCACUUGAGACGCUACAUAUAAAUAAAUGUAAUAAAUUAGAAACAUUCUGGUCAGGACUCGGACCCUUUGUAGCUCCAAAACUAAAACAAGUAUUAAUACAUAACUGCGAUUGUAUGAAGUGGUUUCUAUCUGGAGUUUUAACUCAGGUUGUUGAGUUAUUGUCUCUGCAAUAAGUGGUAAUUCAAGGACUUUGUAUGAAAUCAUUCUCUGCCACACCUUUGAAAGCACCCAAUUUAAGAGAAUUGUAUAUAUCUAAAUGCAGAGACUUGGAGUGGAUUUUACCAGGAUAUGAUGAUGUUCUAGAUUUGCCGUCGUUGGAGAUACUCAAUAUUUAUAAAUCCAAGUUGCAGACAUUUUCAACCGGACCACUAAAGGCACGCAUGUUAACUGCACCAUGUUUGACAUGAUGCAGGUUUCUUACACAGUCAAGACUAUGUAAUAAAGCAAGCAAAUGGGUUGUGCAUGACAUUUCAGCGAGUACAGCAGCAAAUCAAUGUGCACAAAUUAAUACAGCAGCAGCAGAAUAUUGAAGGACAGAAUACAGAAGAAACAGCCUGCCAGCCUACCUUGCACGACAGUUGGAGACCAAACCUGUGCACCAAGGACCAGGAAAACCCAAGGGAUGGAAGUUCUGUACAUAUACCUAGAAUUCAAGGUCCAAGGGUAGUCCUAAUAAUCCAUAUAGAACCCACAGAACCAGCAUCAAGUUCCCCUGGUCAGCUGAUAGUCUGCCAAAAUAAUCAUUGUUGUAGUUUUCUGUUUUUAAGUACUUAAAACGUGCACAUGUUUGUCACGUGUUGAUUUUUAGCCAUUAUUUUUUGUUGGCUGUGUAAAAAUUAGUCUUAGUUAAUUUUAGAUGGUCUCUUAGGCCUAUAAAUAGGAGACCAAGCCUUUGUAAAAGGA